GCUCCAAACUGAGAGUGGCUUGUAGCCGUUAUGAAAACGGCCCUUCAACAUCAUGUGGUUUACCUAAUAUAUGUACCACACUAGAACGAGCAAUAAUUGGUAUAUUCUUUCCAUCACAUUUUCAUACAAACUUUGCCCGCGCUGAUGGAGCAACCUGCACCGACCAAGAAUGGGCAGCACAUGCUGUCGCACUUGCUGGCCAUCGCGUAUCAUGUGCUGGAGGAGACUAAGUACAUGAACCUGAGGCCUCCGCUUCGUCCUAGCUCCAAGCUGUUCGCACUCGACGCGCCUGCUCCGGGCUCACCCCCACGCUCCCCCACUGAGGCCGAUACACCGCAAGAUGAGACGCAUCCGGACGUCAAUGGGCUGGCCGCGGGCUUCGCAGGUGCCGCGCACACGCAAACAGGCAAUCAGGGUCACCCCAUAGUGCUCCCGUACUCGCCCGAGGAGAUCCAGGACACGUACACAAAAAUUGCGGCGCUCAAAGCUCAGUACAUCAAGAUCAGCGCCGAGUUGCUGGAAGCUGUCAAGGAGGUGGAGGCCAAGAAGACGCCGCCGCAGGACGAUAAGGACACGAUGGCGAAGCUGGUGGCGAGGAGAAAUCAGCUGCGCAAGGUGAGGCGAUCGCAGUAAUUUACUUGAGGUGGUGCCGUGCAACUGGUAAUAUAUUGUAUGUUGCAGGAGGUGUACGAGAGGAAUCUGGUGAUGAAAGGGCUUAUCGACUGGCUGCGUAAUCUGCAGCACUCGAUCCGGCUCAUGAAGGGAGGCACCGCGAACCCGCCCAAUAUCGUCAUGGAGAGCGUCUAGAUUGAUCAGACUAUAGUGACAGUCUUUUUUCUUCAAUUUAAUCAAAACGCUAUUUAUCAGCGUUAUUUGUCAGCCAUAUACUGCAGGGUGUCGUCUGCCAGUGAUUUCGAGGAAGGUGAGUUCUCGCUGAAGCGAUUGUUGCGAAUCACUGAGCUCUUUGGCGUAGGCUACCAGCUGUGUG